UGUGCCCGCCUCUGUAAAGAUGGCGGCGGUGUCGGUGUUCCCCGGCGUGCGGCUCCUCAGCAUCGGGGACGCGAAUGGCGAAAUCCAGCGACACGCAGAGCAGAGAGAGCUGCGGCUGGAGGCCCGGGGAGGGGACAUAGCGCUUUAUAACGCGGAGAAUGUCUGCGUGUUUAAAUGCUCAAUCACUCGGGAUACAGAAUGCAGCCGUGUUGGGAAGCAGUCUUUUAUUGUCACUCUGGGAUGCAACAGUGUGCUGGUCCAGUUUGCCACCCCAUCAGAUUUCUGUUCAUUUUACAACAUCAUCAAGAACUGCCGCUGCCAGUCCAUGGAAAAAAGUGUCUUCAGCGAGCGGACAGAAGAAUCGUCUGCGGUGCAGUACUUCCAGUUUUAUGGAUACUUAUCACAGCAACAGAAUAUGAUGCAAGAUUAUGUGAGGACGGGGACGUACCAGAGAGCCAUUUUGCAGAAUCACACAGACUUUAAAGACAAGGUAAUCUUGGAUGUCGGCUGUGGUUCAGGGAUCCUUUCCUUCUUUGCAAUUCAGGCUGGAGCUCGGAAGGUGUAUGCUGUGGAAGCCAGCUCUAUGGCGCAGCAUGCCGAGCUGCUGGUAAAGAGUAAUAAUCUAAUGGAUCGCAUCGUGGUGAUCCCAGGGAAAGUGGAGGAGGUUACUCUCCCAGAGCAAGUCGAUAUCAUCGUCUCUGAACCUAUGGGAUACAUGUUGUUCAAUGAAAGGAUGCUGGAGAGUUACCUGCAUGCAAAGAAAUUUCUCAAACCAAAUGGUAAUAUGUUCCCCACAAUUGGAGAUGUUCACUUGGCUCCGUUCACAGAUGAGCAGCUUUAUAUGGAGCAGUUUACAAAGGCCAACUUCUGGUAUCAGCCAUCUUUCCACGGGGUGGAUCUCUCCGCUCUCAGAGGUGCUGCGGUAGAUGAGUAUUUCAAGCAGCCAGUAGUGGACACAUUUGAUAUCCGAAUCCUUAUGGCCAAAUCUGUGAAGUAUACAGUAAAUUUCCUGGAUGCCAAAGAGGCUGACCUGCACAGGAUAGAGAUCCCUUUUUCCUUCCACAUGCUUCACUCUGGACUGGUGCACGGUUUAGCAUUCUGGUUCGAUGUUGCUUUCAUUGGAUCAAUAAUGACUGUCUGGCUUUCCACAGCCCCAACUGAGCCUCUUACUCACUGGUACCAAGUCCGCUGCCUCCUGCAGUCCCCACUCUUCACCAAAGCUGGAGACACAUUGUCUGGGACUGUGCUGCUCAUUGCCAAUAAAAGGCAGAGUUACGAUAUCAGUAUUGUUGCUCAGGUGGAACAGACCGGUUCCAAAUCAAGUAAUCUCCUGGAUCUGAAGAACCCUUUCUUCAGGUACACAGGCAGCACGCCAUCCCCACCUCCUGGCUCCCACUACUCUUCUCCUUCUGAGAAUAUGUGGAACACAGCCGGAGCUUAUGGCAUGAACACAGGAAUGGGCAUGGGUGGAAUGCCCACUGCGUAUGAUCUCAGCAGUGUUAUAGCUGGCGGCUCAGGCAUCAGCCACAGUAACCUCAUCCCUCUAGGUGAGCAGAAUGCAGCCUCUUGCCGUCCUGCGUCCCUGCACCCGGAGCCCCAAGACCUGACUCUCGGACCCUCCACUAACACAGGAAUUGUUAAUCACACCCACUCAAGAAUGGGAUCUAUCAUGAGCACAGGAAUUGUCCAAGGUUCCGCUGGUGGUCAAACUGGCUCAAGCAACUCCACCCAUUACCAGGUCAACCAGUUCACCAUGGGUGGACCCGCCAUUUCUAUGGCCUCUCCGAUGUCCCUCACCACCAACACAAUGCAUUAUGGGAGUUAAAGGUCGCCAUUUCUCCCCUUCCCGCCUCUCUGCUUCUACCUCCCUCCUCUCUUCAAACUGACAGUAAGAGGAUACCAAAUGAUGCGGCGAUGUUUCAUUGCACUCCAUUGGAUUCGCUGCAGUCUCUUUAUCAAGACAUCUGCACCGCUUGUCACAAGUCUUUGUUGUUCCUUCUCAGGUGCAGAGAUUUCGUUUGGCUUCUCUCUCUCCCCAACACCAUCACCCUUUCUUUUUUACCCGUUCUGCUAUUUCCCUCCCCCAUUUCGUUAACCUGCUCCCAUUUGUAUCAUACGACAAAGCUUAAAUGCUUUGCUUUCUGAAAAUGAACUUGUACAUUUUUUUUUUCUUUUUUUAAAGAAAUUACUUAAAACCUCACUGUGUCAAAAAAUGGAACAAAAUGGGGGGGAAAAGUGAGGAAGAAAGAAACCUCCAAUCAGGGCCGUCUGUUUUGCAAAAAAAAUGCAAAAAUUGCGCAUUGCUUUUAAAAAAGCUUCCUUUAGCACAUUGGAAUUUACAUUCGGUGUAGCCCUAGGGGCAUUGCUGUGAAUUAGUAUUAUGGUUAGAUAGCGUCCCUUCAAGAGGCAGGUGCAGCCCGAGAGAAGAUAGUAUGGUCUAAAAGCAGUAGGUAAUGGUGCACUGCUGACAUAAAGGUACAGAUUGUUUUUUAUUUUGUCUUCCUUAAGGAGGUAGAAUGUAAAGGCCUAAUCUUCUCACAGAAGAAUAUUUGUAGCGUUUACAUUCAUCUGUCUUUUUGUUGUUUGCUCUUUGAUGGUCAGCCCGUGGCAAAUAAAAGUUAAAAUCUACUGUGGCCGUUAAGAGAAUAGAUAAUCCUGUCCCCAUAUUUCCAUAUAUCCGUUUAAAGCAGAUCGCACUAAAAACACUAAUUUGUUAAUGUUGCUCCUCUGAGUUCAGAGCUAACUGUAUCGUGCUGGCUGGUGGGGUUUACAUUGACUGUCUCCUAAACAGUGUAUACAGCAAUACUACAAUCCCUUUCCCAUCAUUUGUAAUACACCUUUCCAUUCUCUAGAAUUCACAAUUUAGGGAAUAUACCCCCUUAUUAGCUUUGCCUCUUCAUAACAUCACUGCUGUGAUGUUGUACCAUAAUAUACAACUAAUUGUCUAUCCCUGUUGUAGAUCGAUUGGACUGCACUUCCAGUUUUAUACUGUAAAUGCUGUUAGUCCUAGUCUCUUUAACUUAAAGUUAAGGCAUUCUUCUUUGCCGACUCCAUUUAUUUCUGUGUACGCAGGUGUAAUCUAUGUAUGAACAAAAUAAGGUUCAUGACAGUAGCCAUCUUGGUUUUCAUUUGUAAGGAUUCCAGGGAAGAGGAUUAUUUUAAACAAAACUAGUAUGCAGUAGUGUUAUCACAACACCGUAUAAUCCAUUUUUUUUUUUUAUUGUUAAUUUGCAAUAAUACCACCUAAGUAUUUCAAGCAAUAGACACAAACUGGCUGCUUUCACUGACUUUCUUAUGUUGGUCGUAUAAUUACAAGUGCAUACCUAGGCGAGGAGAUGCCUCUUUUUAUAAAUGAUCCCUAAAUAAUAUUUUGGCAUGAUUUCCCUUUGAGCAAAAUAGCAAUAAUAAGCAUUGGUAUUUUAAACAUUGAGACAAUUUUAAAGAGUAUGAAAAUGUAGGCAUUUAUUCAUUAAACUGUGCAUUGCCAAUCAUUGGAGCCGUUUUUGACUGGCGAUGGCCUACCAAGUACAAUUCAGUUGUCAAAUUGUUUAGUGAAUAGUUCCUCCAGAUUCUUAAUGAAGAGAGGUCACAGGGGCUGAGGAGAGAUACAGCAGUAAAAUGUACUCAAGGCUUUAACAGUAUACAUGUUAGAGCAGAAUAGGAUGGGAGCUAGAUGCAUAUCCAGUUAGUAAGCUUUCUAAAAAGGGCUGCACAUUGAGCGAGAACAGGAGGAUUAUGGGAGCUGGGGUAGUUUAAAUGUACAGAUCUUUCAUGCCCUUUUGUCUAGUUAUGGACACUUCUCUUUCUCUGUGUGCAUAACACAGAUUCCGUUACCUGCCUCAACUUCCCCACCCCUUCCUCCUACCCCUGUCUUUUCCUCCGACGAAGUGGUUAGCGCAUGUUUGUUUUUUGUUUUUAUGAACGUGUCAGAAUUGCCCUGAACGUCCGUCCCAAUAGUUUAUUUUUCUUUGUUUACCCAUCCGCUAUUCCUAUAGUAUUUAGGGUUGUGUGUUUGUAAACUUUCCUCUAAACCUUUUGGUUCCAAAGGGAGUGACUAAAUGAACUGCACUCACCUCUGGCACCAAAAAGUAUGAGAUCCCCACCCAUUUUAGUGAUUCCUCCCUCCCCAUUUAUUAAAAUGCUUGUCACAGGAUCCCAAUCGCACCCUGUCUGUUUUUUUUGUUGGUUUGUCUGCCUCUGAUCGGAUGGCAGACUGUAGUUUAUCAGAUGGAUUUUCACAGGUAACGUUGAAGGACCCAGUAGGAAACCAUUGCAAACACAGCUGCUGUUCUCAGUUCUGUCUGUAGUGUUCAAUAAAGUUGGGAGGGAUUAUUUUUUUUUUUAUUUUAAAAUAUAAA